UUAUUUACAAAUAAGCAUUCACAGCUGUUAUACUUGACAAAAAUAGUAAAUAUACCCCAUCUAUGGGAGAACGUCCAGUGAAAACUAUAUGACCAGAUAGAAGGCAAUUUUAGUUUUACCUGAAAAAAUGUUGUGAUUGAGUAUAAUGUGGAAUCUCUAGUGGUAUAUAAAUCUAAUGUAUAAUGUUAAACUUGAUGGAACUUUGAAUAGGUGAGGAUUAUCCGAGUCAGAAUACACAAGGCCUAAUAUAACAAAACUUAAAAUGGGAAGGAAUGUACUAGCAAGUAGCCUGAAAAAUGCGUCCUUCAGCAUUGUAUUUCAGAUAUUCUGCCGGUGCAUUACGUUUGCAAUCAAUGCUUUCAUCGUGAGAAGUGUCGGCCGAGAUGUGCUGGGGAUCACCAAUGUGCGAUUGCUCCUGCUGGAGAGUACGUUACUCUUCCUGUCCAAAGAGGCUAUAACUCGGGCUGCUCUGAGCUCCCGGCACAACAAACUCUGUACAUGGGCCCAAUUGGUGAACCAGUUGUGGAUUACGGUUCCGAUAUGCUUCUUCCUGUCGAUGCCUUGUCUCUACAUUUGGUUGAAUUGGUUAUCAGCUGUGGAUGAACACUACUACGUGCAGUAUCGCUUUGGGUGUUUUGCUAUUGCUUUCGCUUGCAUCAUUGAACUGACUGCCGAGGCUCCUAUAUUUGUAUCUCAGGUGUUUUGCUUCGUGAAGCUGAAGGUGGUGAUGGACACCGGUCAUAUUUUCAUUCGGUCGUUUGUAUUCAUAGUGCUGGUUUUGUUUAACAAAGGAAUUACAAUUUAUGCGUUUGGAAUAGCACAAAUCAUCAGCGCCAUAACGAUCAUAGUGGGGAACUAUGCAUUUUUCCAUUUGUACAUACCACGACUGAAGCAAUAUCGGAACGAAAUGAAACGUGUAGAUGACAAAUACGAAUUGCGGAAAACAUUCGGGAACUAUUACGAAAAUAUGGAAGACUUCCCGUUUUCGUCUGUUAAGGAAUUGCUGCCCGGAGUUUUACCUAAUUCGAACUCUGCAUUCAACAAGGAGCUGCAAAUAUUGGUUCUAAGUUUUACCAAGCAAGGUAUACUGAAGCAGGUCCUAACAGAGGGCGAAAAGUACGUGAUGUCGGUCAGUCCCGUCUUGACUUUCAGUGAGCAGGCUACUUACGACGUGGUGAACAACAUGGGCAGCCUAGCAGCUCGAUUCAUAUUUCGGCCAAUCGAGGAUAGCAGCUAUUUCUAUUUCACCCAAACUAUAGCUCGAGAUGCGAAACUUUUGGAUCAAAAUCGCGAAAAAGUUAAUGAAGCUUGCCAGGUGUUGUCCUAUGUUUGUAAAACGGUAACAUCAAUCGGACUCAUUGGAUUUGUAUUUGGACAAAGCUAUUCUGGCACGUUGCUCCUGCUGUAUGGAGGAUCCGAUUUCGUAGAAGGUGGUCUUCCGGAGCUAUUAUUACGGUGGCACAGUCUGGCUAUUGUGCUUCUGGCUGUGAAUGGUGUUACCGAGGGAUACAUGUUUGCGACAAACACAUCCAAACAGAUUGAUACCUACAACUACUAUAUGGCAUUUUUCUCGGUAGCCUUCCUUCUACUAUCCUAUCAGCUGACGAACUGGCUGGGUCCAGUCGGAUUUGUGCUGGCAAAUAUCUGUAACAUGAGUUUUCGCAUUAGCUACAGUUUGUUCUACAUCCAUAACCAAUAUAGAGAUAUUGGGCGGAGCCCGUUGAUGAGCUUCCUACCGGGACCACUAUUCCUCACCGUGUUAGCACUUGGUGGAUUUGCUUGUAAGAUUAGUGAGUCAUAUUUUAUUGAUAGUUCGGUUUUUUAUCAUAUCCUAGUAGGGGCGUUGUGCACAGGAUUAACUUUAAUUACAUGGAGCUUUGAAAACCGAGAACUUCUGCGAGCCGGAAUGACAAAGUUCAGGGAACGAAAGUUAAGUUUGACGAGUGAAACGAAUUUAAUAAAUUAGUUAAAUUCUUAA